AUGAAUUCAGUUCAGACUCGAAUGGUUUUCCUGGCAGUGCUCCUGCUGGCAGUGGCCGCGGGCAACGCCUCCCGGCUGCCCGCGGAUGUUGGCUCCCGCCCGUACGCCAUCUCGGUGCAGCGGAAUGGGGUCCAUGUCGCCGGCGGAGCGUUGAUCAGUCAGCGCUGGGCACUCACCGCCGCCCACUGUGUGUCCCUGGCUGGGGCUUCCCGCAGCUAUCCCGCCCGCUCCUUCCUCGUCCGCGCUGGCAGCAUUCAGCGCCUGGCUGGGGGACAGCUGGUUGCCCUCUCCCAGGUCGUGGUGCACAGCGGCUACUCCGGCUCGGCGGAGAACGAUUUGGCCCUGCUGCAGCUGGCCACCCCACUGCUCCUCAAUGCCAACACCCAGCCCAUUGCUCUGGCCAGCGCACUGCCCGCCGUUGGCUCACAGAUCACCUUCGCCGGCUGGGGAUCCUCGCUGCCCGACGGGGCGCUCAGCCAUCGCCUGCAGGUGGCCACCAGGCAGUCGAUCAGCGCCGCGGCAUGCCAGGAGUCGCUGUACCUCAGUCACGAGGAUCUGCUCUGCCUGGUGCCCGAGUCGGUGGCCGCGGGCGAGACCUCUGGCCUCUGCACCGGCGAUGCCGGCUCCCCGGCCAUCUACAACAGCCAAUUGGUGGGCAUCGCCGCCUUCUUUGUCGCCGGCUGCGGCACCGAGCAGCCCGACGGCUAUGUGGAUGUCACCCAGCAUCUCGACUGGAUAGCCGAGACAAGCGUCUAAAUAAACAAACUCAAACUCAAGACAAACU